UGAUCCAACAACGUAACCAUCAUCAAUACUCAUCAGAAGAGAAGAGAAGAGAGCAAAGGCUUUCAUCCUCACACCAAUGGGGUCUCACCUUUCGAAACAGCUCGAGCGGCGAAAAGCCAUCUCCACGGAGAAGAAAGUCCUCGCCGAUCUCCAGAAAUCGUGCGGCUGCGAAUUCCCGGGGUGUGAUUACAUGCCGUCCGAUCGGAAAACUUGGAUGGCCGGCGUGGGACCAGACAAGCUUCGUAUAAACAAGAUCGUGUGGCCAGGGACGCACGACUCAGCCACCAACAAAAUCGGGAUCAGGUUCGUGUCACGUCCCUUCGCGCAGUGCCAGUGUCUCUCCAUCUACGACCAGCUCGUGGCCGGUACUCGGGUCCUCGACAUCCGAGUCCAAGAAGAUCGCCGUGUCUGCCACGGAAUCCUCAAGACUUACAGCGUCGACCUUGUCCUAAACGAUCUCAAACGGUUCCUAUCCGAAACAGAGUCCGAGGUUGUCAUCCUCGAGAUCAGGACAGAGUUUGGACACGUGGAUCCGCCGGAGUUCGAUAAGUACCUGAUAGAACAGCUCGGCGAGCAUCUGAUUCACCAGGACGACAACGUUUUCGGCAAGACAGUCGCAGAGUUGCUGCCCAAGAGAGUGAUCUGCGUUUGGAAACCGCGGAAAUCGCCUCAGCCAAAGCACGGUGAGCCCCUGUGGAGCGCGGGUUACCUGAAAGACAACUGGGUCGACACGGACCUUCCUUCGACCAAGUUCGAGAGCAAUCUGAAGCAUUUGAGCCAGCAGGCACCGGCGUCUUCUCGGAAGUUCUUCUACCGGGUGGAGAACACUGUGACUCCGCAGCCUGAUAACCCGAUCUUGUGUGUUAAACCCGUGACGAAGCGGAUUCAUUGCUACGCCAAGGUUUUCAUCAUCGAGUGUGUUAAAAGAGGUUUUGCUGACAGGCUGCAGAUCUUCUCCACGGAUUUCAUUGAUAAAGAUUUUGUUGAUGCCUGCGUUGGCCUCACCUUCGCAAGAGCUCAAGGUACGGCUUGAUGUAUUAUUGAGCAAAAGCCGGAAUCGUCGACUCAUUGUUGUGUAUAUCUCCUUCUAUUUAUUGUUUCACGGAAAAGAACCAAGAUAAUACACAUGGCUCUGUUGUACAUGUCACAUGUGUUAGGUUUCCUCUUGUGUAUAAAGUCGUCUAGCUCUCUCUUUCUUUUGUAUAAGAAAACAUCUCAAUGCGUGUGCGUAUGUGAUUUUGAGGCUGUAUAUUCAUAUUCAUCAUGCAAUUUCGAGUUGCAAUGCCUUUUUUA